UAUUUUUUUGGCAUUUGAUUCAUUGUCUGAGUGUAGUACCAAUAUCCCUGAUGACUGUUUAAUAAUCAUCAUUGUUAUACCAAAAGUAAAUAAUGUGUUCGCUCCAAGGCAAAUUUGGCACCGAGCGGUCUUGUGGUAAGAAUGUUAAUGUUAAAAACAACUAACUAAGAGCUACUUGGACAGUUGUUAAACAACAUCUAAGGGCUACUGGUGGUUCAGUUUGUCGCUCUGCAUCCGCUUCGCACAUUUCAGUGUGCAAAUACCUUCUAAAGACGAAACCAAGUGGUUUCUAGUUUGGGGAGUAUUGCGCUCAUCAAUCCCUGGGGGGACGUGCAACCUUCUUGUUAAGACCCUUGCCUUAUUUCUGACAACAUUGCAAAAACAGUGUGCAAAAAUAUGUGAUGACGUUUCGAUACCAUAUCUCAGACUCCUAAAAUCAAAUCAAAAUAGUAGGUGUGUAUGAAUGUAUUUAUUGGGCAAAACAGUUCCUGCUUGAAAGGAUAUGUUUUGCGGGUGAUCAUGUAUUCCAAGGAACAAAAGAAGUUGAAAUGUUAUGCUAGUUAUUUCAACACUGCAUGAUCUCCAGUGAUGCAAAACCACUUUUGGCAAAGUCUAUUGAAGUAGUCAAACUGCAUCGUCAUGGCAGAAAGUGUUUUAAGAAAAAAAAAGCAUGGUUUGAAGAUCGAAGCGAAGCAGAAUUGAUUCGAUUGAUUUGAUCACGUUUGGAUACCGUAUCUCGCUCCUCUAGAAUGAAAUCAGUACAAGUGUAUGAAUUUGUUUAUCGGGCAAAGUCGAUCAACUUACAAUAACAGUUCCUGUUUGACGAGACAAAGAAAACAAAGAAAGGAUGCCUUGUGCGGAUGAUGUAUUUCAAGGAACAAAAGAUGUUGACAUAUUAUACUAGGUAUCUCACACUACGGUCCAAUAUUCACAAAUCUCUUGUGAUGCAAAGCCAGUUUUUGUUUUUUUUGGCAAACUGCAUCGUCAUGGCCAAAAUUAUGGAACGUUUUGAGAAAAAGGCAAGGUUUGAAGUCGAAAGCGAGGCCGAAUCGAUACUGAACAAACAAAAGUUCUAUAAUGUUGAAUGUCCUCACGUUAGUUUUCUCUGAGUUGCCCGCGCAUAGUUCGAUCUCUUUCCAAAUAAACUUAGACAUGAACAUAAACAAGAAAUUAUUUGCAGAUGAUGAACCAAGUAGGGACUGAUGUUGCGAUAGAAAACAUAUUUUUAGUUCUGUCAGUGGCCGAGUGGUUUAAUUUCAUCCAGCCCCGACUUGAGUGUUUUUGCGCUUCUUUAGCUAAUCUAUCAGCUUAAAGUGUUUCAGUGGCUUGCGAUGUUUUACAUGAGCGCUGUGACAUAAUUUUAUCAAUUAACAAUUGAUUGUUGUUGAAUAUAAAAGGAACAAAGAGACAAAUUACACACCUUAAUUCUUUAAAUUCUUGGUCUAAAAAUGGAUCGAGAAAGGAUGCAAAAUAAUUUUCGACCCUAACUAGCAACUGGUGACUGGUGACGAGCGAAAGCCGGAAGUCGGGGUUCCAGGAAGUGCAGUCGUCCUUUCCAAACGUGACGUGAGGUAGGUUUUAGCCGUCUCCGAGAAUUCAGUGCCUAUUACUGACUCUGCCUUGAUUUGGCUUCGUGAUGCUUCUGGGAGAGGACAUAUACAAUUUUGAUCUACUCCGAAUGCUUCUGUAACAAUGAAGAUCUGAAGUGGUGAUUUUUUCUGCAAUGAAGGAGUUUCUUAAACUGUUUCUUCGAGCACAAACAGUGCUUGGGUUCAUUCCAUUUCUUGUGCUUGUUAUCUCAGACUGUGUGAUUAUUGGUUUUGGACAAAGCACUCAUGCCAGAGAGGCAUUCAGCUGUGACCCCAGAUUAAAUGCUUCCACUGAACAACGCUGUUAUGACCACUACUCUUCUGGGCAGUUUUUAAAGUUUUAUCUUGUUAUGAUGUUUGAUGGCAUGUUUUGUGUCGUCUGGAUAAUCGUCAUAGUUAAAACUACUUUGGUUUUGCGGUAUAUCAAACGCAGACGACAAACCCGGAACAACGAGUCAGAACAACCAAUCAAUCCACGAUUGAAUUGGUCGCCGACCGAAUUUAUGGAGAAAUCCUGUUGUGGUCUGUGCUGUUUUCUGACACAUGUUAGUGUGGUAAUAAUACUACUCUCUUAUUUGUACGUAACAGACUCUGGAUUUACUGCUUCUUCGAUGUACAAGUGUUCGCUGCAGGUAACGGACACAACUUCGAUUCCAACCAACCAAACCAAAACUGAUUUCUAUUGCUAUGAUCAAAAUUUCAAGGAGCAAGUAAAUUUCAACAUUGCCACUGCUGUCAUAAAAUUUAUCAUCUGGAUUCUGUGCAUGAUCAGCUUCAUUUACGUAUUAAAGACUCCGGAUGAUAAACUUAUGGACACGUUACUUGGAGAUGUCGCGGAGGAGAGAGAGAGCAAUCUACAACGAGAAAUGCCACACUCAUCUGGAGGUUACGUCGAGUUACGUUCUCUUUCAUUCAGCACACUACAAAGAGAUGCAGAGGAGGGUGGCUCAGAGAGGUACGACUGGUCAGGGCUCUGAGUUCACACUCGCAUUUGACUGUUAUUCUUUCUCUCCGGGGAAUGAGAGAAGACACAAUUUAAAAAUAGACGCAGCCAGCAGUAUUCUCGUCUGCUUGACAUAUGAACUUUCGAAUUCCAGUAGACUACACCGACGUUUUGUGUUCAAAGUAUAAAACGCGUAACAUGUAACGUCGUAACAGGCGUCGACAUAACUGACAAGCUAAGCGUCUUUGUUAAUUAGCUUUCCAGUACCUCUCCUGCUGGACUAACUGGCAUUUUGGUUAGCCUACACAGUACUCUAGCUAGCCUUACUGAGAGCUAACGACCGUACGCGUCAAGACAGUGCUUUAAGGGAGCUUUAGGAAACCACGUCGGUGACGCCAAUGAGACAAUAACCAAACAAAAGGUUUCAUGAGUAGAACAGUGGUUCUGCACGUGCGUUUUAAAUCUUGAUACAUUUCUUUCCCGACAUCUGCAGAACAACAACGUGAAAUGAUAAAGUUCUUCGUAUUUUUGAGAACGUGAACCGCAGUGGCUGAUCUUUCAUAUCUUCCGUUGGAAUUGAACACUGUCUUUGCAUGUUUAGCCUGAGCUAGUUUUUAGACUGAUAGGCCUACUGAACAGAUCUGCACAAUUGCGCCAUUCGAAGGUUAAAAAAAAAUACACUUUUUACAAGACGUCAUCCCCAGCGACACCGUCGUCAUUCCUAAAGCUCCCUAGUUACUUAAGCCGGAGUGCUUUUUAGACAAACCACAGUUUUAUGUAGGGUAACCCGAGUGCUACUCAGGCUAGCCGAAUUAAAAAUAUAAAUUUUAUCAAAAAAAUACUUUUGUUACACCUUUACCCGCUAUGUCAUUACGCUAACAACCAACUCUUUUUAGUAGCCACUUUGCUAUGUUCUAUUGCAGACCGGCGAAUCUGACUAGUUCUCUCAUUGUUUUUUCAUUUAACAUUUAGAUUAUUAGCUCGAGCUUUCUAUGAGGUGAUAGUUGAUGAGACCGAAGGCUCAAGUCAACUCUACACAUCGAGUUGACUUGCGAGAAAUCUAGAGAAAGAAAUCAAAGAGAUAAGGCGUAGAAAGGAUUGUUAAACAGAAGGAAGAUGGAGAACAGGAAAAAAGGAUUGUAAAUAUAAGAUAUGAUUAAGUAAUUGUUAACUAAAGGUCACUUGAGUUAAGGUAA